AUGUCGCCUUCUCAAGUCGCGCAGUCCUCCAAAGACGUCGAGAUGAAAGACGCCACUCCUAUGCGUCCUGCUCCAGCUCUCCAGGCCUAUGAUCCCAUGGAUAUUACCCCUGUGCGCGUCGCCAAUCGUGAAUCUAACGCGACUUCUGCCACCCUGGCCAUGGGACCUCCCAUCACGUCUCCUAACCAGUUUGGACCUCUGGUCUCUGGUCUUAGGGAUCUCCCACCUCUGGGCAGACCCCAGCUCCAAUCCCAGCAAGCUCUCAAGAGCGAUUUGACAAGCAGUCGCCUGCCAAAUCGUCCUCUGCGUGAAAGAGUUCCCCUGAUCUCUCAGGGCCCUGCUCAGCAUAGCAGACGCACUGCCAAUCCGACCGCGCUGAAGCUUGACAACCAUCGUCAGACACUCAAAGCUACUGCAUCCACGCAUCGCCUGUCUCCUCUGCUUUCUUCUCGAGUUUUAGGCAACCGUCAUGGCGGUCGCUACCUCUUGACGUCUCGUACCAAUAGAGACAAGGCCUUGACUUUUGCUACCUCCAACCUCUUCGCUGGGAAUAAUAUGUUCUUGAACAACGGCCAUAAGGCCAAAUCCAACGCUUACUCUUCUUUCACGUUCGCGCGUCCUCUGGGUAUGCAGGGUGGCCGCGUCGGUCCCUCAAACGAUAACUGGUCUGGCCCAUCUACGCGUCCUAUGACCUCAAAAAAUAGCCUUGCUUACUUCAAUGAAAAUCAUUCGCUUACCCAGCCCUUGCAUCCAUCGGGCCUGAACAAUGCACCAUUCUCUCUUGGCCGUAAACGACCUUUUGAAGAGGACGAGAGUGGCCCUCGCGCUGAUAACUCUCGUGCUCGCAACCCGAUGCUCACCUUGUGCAUCGAUCCACCCGAGGUGAGGAAGCGGAAUAAGGAAAGGCUUUUUGGAAUCAGACAUAAAUCUCCCGUCCUCGAGGAACCUCCUGAGAAUAACUCCUCUACCGAAUGGACUCCCAAUGAUCAACUUCGAGAAAGCAUGGCCUCUGCCACUGGCGCGGCAAAUGAACACAUUCCUGGUGGCUCUCCAUCGCUGCCGUCUGCAGGCACAGUUUCUCAACCACUCGAACAUGUAACCUUCACCGAAGACGUCCUUCGCGAAGGUGAGCUGCCUCUCAUGUCCGGCGCUCUCCCUCCCACUGGAACGCCUCGGGACGUUGUGCCUAUCUCGCCUGAUGGUACCGUCAUUCCUGCCGAAUACUCUAUUGAAACCCAAGGUUCUCCAUCUCUGAGAAGGGUAGCUGCUCAAGACACGUCGCUCAUCGAAAAUGCACAGCCAAUGCAAAUUGUACAACCGGCAGAUAAUACCAAUUGGCUUGGCUGGUACAUAGAUGGCGUUGCAAAAGCAUUCACUUACGCCUUUGCGUUCGCGGGUGCUGUCAAACGCCAUGCCGCUAGCCUCUUUGUAAGACCCCGUCGGGCUACCCCCCUUCAUCCUAUCCCCACAACUCCUCGGCUCCUCGGCCCCAGAUCUCAAAUCUUGCACGGCUACUCUGGAGAAGACCGGCGCCGAAUCGUCAGCGAUCAACGACGGAGGGACCGUGGCCUCCUCGCUCCGGAGGUGACAUAUCCUUUCCCAGAUAUAACCUUCGAUAUUCCGCGCUUCCCCAUUCAAGGAACUGCUUCGCGUCCGCCUCUGCAGCCGAGUGCUACUGAAGCACCUACUACACUACUUUCUCCACAGGAACGCUUUGCCCCGCCAGCGCGUCCUGUACGAGCUUCCAAAAUUACUGAAGAAUGGUUGAAUGACAGGACCCCUCUGGAACACCUAGCCAUUGAUACUCUCCUGGCUCGCAGAGAUGUCCAACGGAAGAAGACAAAGAAGAAGGAGAAGAGAUCUUCAGCUAAGCGCAAAGCGGCUAAGAAGGCCACCAAGCUUUCUCUUGAGGACGAAUCUCCACUGGUGCCUGACUUGGCACCUCAUCUUUCCUUCUCUCCCGCAUCUGUAAAGUCUAGACCAGCGAAGAAAGCCGCUGCGAAAAAAAAGUCCAAAUUAUUCGAGCAGCCUCCAAUUGAGGAACCCACUCCUACUAGCCCGUUCAACCCUGGCGAGGCGCCGGAGUUCCCAUUUGGACCCGCGGUCUCCGCUGUGCGCCUCUUCUCGGCGCCUCGACCUCUUCCACCCGGCCGUACGGAAUCAGUCUAUGCUCCUGAAUGGCGCGAAGUCGAAGAGCGCCGAAGACAGGAGGAGAGGCCUCCUCGUGUUCGCCUCGAAGGGCGUGCUGUUCGUCCCCUCCCUGAGGGGUGGGACCGUCGACUCGCAGAUGCUAUGGCCCUGCCCAACGGCAGACAAGUUGCUACCUCCCUGUCCGGAGAGGCGUUGACCAGGAGGGACCUGGCCACGUGUUAUGCCCAAAACACGUGGCUCAACGACGAGGUCAUAAACGCAUACCUGUCCCUCCUGGUCGACCACCUCCGCCGGUCGGCCGGCAAUGCUGGCCGGCACGACCGGCCCCUAUACCACGCAUUCAGCUCAUUUUUCUUCUCUAACCUCCGGGACAGGGGGUACCAACAUGUCCGCCGUUGGGCACAACGGGCCAAGAUUGGAGGCCCAGACCUCCUAAAUGUGGAUACGGUCUUCAUCCCGGUCCACAACCACAACCAUUGGACCCUGAUGGUUGUAAAACCAUCAGCUCGAACCAUCGAGCAUUUUGACUCUCUGGGCUCUGCCUCCCAGAGGCAUAUAGCCACUAUUAAAGAGUGGCUCAGAAAUGAGCUUGGUCCUCAGUACAUUGAGGGCCAGUGGACGGUCCUCCCGUCCGCCUCACCCCAGCAGAAUAAUGGCUACGACUGCGGGGUCUUUCUUCUUUCAACGGCGAAAGCUGUUGCUUUGGGCAUCGACCCAUUGUCAUAUGGCGCCUCCGAUGUCGCCACUCUUCGCAAGAAGAUUGUGGCCGAGAUCAUGGACGGCGGCUUCGAGGGGGACUUCAAUCCCAUGGCACAUUCAGAGCUACUGCUCUAAAUGUCCCCCUCGGGCCGCCACUCGGCCACGAGCGAAGCGUGGCGACAGCUUUCGCCGUUGAAAGAAGGACUGGGGCGGGGGACUGUCCAUGAGGGUCUGAUGGUUGUGGUUGGAUCGGGAUACACAAAUAAACAAAAAAGAAUAAUCUUCCUAUAUUUCAUAUUCCUUGCUCCUGGCCUCAUAUCAUGUUUACCUUUUCUAUGUCCUCAUUACGGGGCCAGGAGGGAGGGGAAGCUCAUGUAUUCUCUUUAUUUUCAUGCCUGCUUCUUUCCCUCUCCCAAGCCCUCUCCUUUGUUGUCCCGUUUUUGUGGGAACCGGGAGAGGGGGCGACUGAUCUAUCUUUUUCUCGUUUACUCUCUUUGGGCUAUAUUCUCUGGUGUGCAAGACGGUUGGAGCUUUGCUCGAAGAUUCACGUUUGUAGCGUUUUGUUUCUCUUUUGGACGUUGUCGAAUCGAGUUUUUGUGGCCAUUUGAGUCCAGCAUUUGUUUGGGGUUGUGGGUUGCAUCUACGAUAUCUGGGUUAGCGUUCUGUGUUUGGAUGAGCUGAGGCGUUUGGUGUGCUAUGUAUGAUUCUGCAUGCUUGUCUUUGAAGGGAGAUGAAGUGGAGUUGAGUUCCUGUUCCUGUUCCUGUUUGCAUUUGGCAUGGCAUGCUGCUAUUUUGAUACCCGUCAGUCGAAGCCUUGCUCCUGACAGUUAGGUUGUUUGGAAUGUACUUAUGGAUAAUGAUGUUCUCUGCUUCGUGUAUUAUGCCAGCAAGGUCUCAUGUGUGAUAUUUUGCAAAGAAACGUACAGAGCAACUUUGCGCUUUUUGAUACAUUGCGAUUUAGGAAAGUUGAAUGUAUU